CACCCCGGUGCGUGUAGCCGAGCGACCAGUCAGCGAGGACCCGCUGACCCAAACCCAUCGACCAUCAUCCUGUGACAGUGAUCUUGUGAAUGAUAGUGCAGUUACAGUGAGAAAUGACAGUGACAUAACAUAGAGUUUUAUAAAGGGUGUGGAUUUACAUAUUUAAAGGACCAACUCAAGGAAUGACUAUACUUAAAUCAUGCGAUGGAUAUUAAUUUGGAUACAAAUUACAGCGACCAUCGCCUUUGACCCCUCGAAAUUUUUCGAUUUUUGGACGGAUGUUUUUCGCCCUCUGCCUCGCAGUCCUAGAGAAGGAUUCGUGCCAGACUAUACGCCAAAUAAUCUAGAACAAUUUGACUUUAUCGUUGUUGGAGCUGGAUCAGCCGGGAGUGUCUUAGCAAAUAGGCUGACAGAAAUAUCAGAAUGGAAAGUUCUACUAAUAGAAGGUGGAGGAAACGAAAACUUCUUCUCUGAUAUACCAAUAUUCGCUCCCUUCCUCUCUUUGACGCCAAUGAAUUGGGGUUACAACUCAGAACCUGAACCAAGAGCGUGCAAGGACCUUAGAGGAAAAGUCUGCUUCUUGCCUCGGGGCAAAGUAUUAGGAGGGAGUAGUGUUUUAAAUUUCUUAAUAUAUCAAAGAGGACACCCAGAUGAUUAUGAUGACUGGGCUAGAAUGGGUAAUCAAGGCUGGAGUUACUCAGAAAUAUUGCCAUAUUUCAAAAAGUCAGAGAAUAUUAGAAUAAGUAACCUAAUGAAUUCUUCGUAUCAUGGUAGAGGCGGAUACUUAGAUAUAGAUUAUUCACCUCAUAAGUCUCCUCUUGAAGUUUUAUUUAAGAAAGCAGGAGAAGAAUUGGGCCACAAGUGGCAAGACCCGAAUGGAGAAGAAGUCAUUGGAUUUUCAAAGCCUCAAGCUACUAUGAGAAAGGGCAGAAGAUGCAGUACUUCUAAAGCUUUUUUGGAACCUAUUCGGUAUAGAAAAAACUUGAUGGUGACAAAACAUUCAAUAGUUCAGAAAAUAAUGAUUGAUCCAUCAACUAACACAGCCUAUGGCGUGGAAUUUACUAAAGGAAGGUUAAGACGGCAAGUAUUGGCACGGCGAGAGGUAGUUUUGGCAGCAGGUACCAUUGGAUCAGCUCAACUCUUGAUGGUAUCUGGAGUUGGUCCUGAAGAACACUUACAAGAAGUUGGAAUUACGCCCAUCAUGAAUCUUCCUGUAGGGUACAACCUGCAAGACCACGUGACCUUUUCUGGAAACGCAUUUUUAGUGAACGACUCUAGUAUUUGUGUUAAUGAUAAAACCGCUGCUUCGCCAGUAUCGGCAGUUCAGUACCUAGCGGGGGGUGGUCCUCUAACCCUACCUGGUGGGGCAGCUGGCCUGGCGUUCCUGCGCACCCGCUACGCCUCCCAGGACCAUUCCCCCACCAGGCCUGACAUAGAACUGGUCAUGGGAGGAGGCUCGCUCGCCGGAGAUUUGUUGGGCAUCUUGCGAGGCUUGCUUGGUGUCACCGACAAGUGGUAUUGGCAAGUAUAUGGCUCCCUACCACCCCAAGUCAGAGAGGCUUCGUUUGCCAUAAACCCCGUGCUCAUCAGGCCGCGCAGCGUGGGCAGACUAAAGCUGCGAACGGGGAACUUCUCUGAUCAUCCACUCAUCAAAUUGAACUACUUCAAUGAUAUUAAUGACUUAUACGCUUUAGUUGAAGGAGUUCGCAUGAUACAAAAAGUUAUAAACACCAGAUCAUUCCAGCGAUACGGAACGAAACUGCAUAACGUUCCUUUCCCAGGAUGCCAGAAUGUUCCCUUUGAUUCGGAUGAAUACUGGCAAUGUGCUAUAAUGCAAACAUCUAUAACGAUCGACCAUCAGGUGGGUACGUGUAAAAUGGCUCCAGUGGGGGAUCCCACCGGCGUGGUUUCUCCUCGAUUGGCGGUAAACGGCAUACGAGGGCUGCGGGUAGCCGACGCGUCUGUAAUGCCGCGCAUACCCGCUGCGCACACGCACGCGCCCGUCGUAAUGAUCGCCGAGAAAGCGGCCGAUAUGAUCAAAGAAGACUGGGGAUACCCUAUCACGUUAUAAUACUCUAAAUGCUAAUUAAUUUAAAGGUGGAUUUUUGGAAGUACAUUAGCUGUUGUAGUCU